GGCACUUCCAUUCCGAGAGCAUUUAAUUAUUCUCCUAGUUCAAUAACGAACAUACUGACUCGUCAUCUGCCUACAGCCUGGUUCCAACCUCUAUUCACCGCUCCUUGACAACCUCAGUUGCAGCAACCUAGUCUCCCGUUACACACGACCCCCCACUCAAAUCAAGCCACAAUGGGGAAUUCACCAUGGGGUUACGAGGCAUAUCGUGAUUUUAUGAUGUGUGUUUGGGAAGUUGGGAACUUCUCAGGCAGCCAAAUGGACGAGAUCGUCAAGAAGUUGCAUACCAUGGGUCAUGGCUUCACUCGAGAAGCAAUGAGGCAACAUGCCCAGAAGAUGGUUAGAGAAAAGAAUAAAGGAACCAAUCCCAAGACCGCUUCUGAUUCUGGAAACUCCGGAUCUCCAGCCAAGCCACGCGGCAGGGGUGGUCGCCCUAAAAAGUCCGGCGUCAAACCCAAAGCCAAGCCCAGUACCAGAGCUGGUACCAAGCGUGACGUCUUUAUGAAUGAUGACGGCGAGGAUGACGAGGAGGUUAAGACUCUCAGAAAGCGUGUCAAGAAGGAGAACUCCACCCCCAACACGAGCCAGUUGGAUGACGAGUCUAAACCGUCACCUAUGUCUACGCUCAAUUCCCCUUUCGUACCCUCCACCCAGAGCAAGAACGACAUUGGAUCCCCAGCUAUGACAGAAUACGAGGUCUGAAGAGAUGAGUCUUCAACAUCUCUUGGCGAACGCGAAUUGGAGCGAUGAUUUGCUUUACCAUGCGGCGUUUUAUCUACUCACCACACUAAUUUGGAGGCUGAAUGAAUCCGCGAUAUCUUGAAUUUGCGAGACUCAAGAUUUGUUUUCCUUCGUCUUUAGCGUUGACUUUGAGGGUGUUUCGGUGUGUUCCGUUCGGCGUCUCUGAUUUCCAGAAUGCCAUAUGGCCUUGUCAGACAAUGAUUUAUCGAUGAUUUCUUACGCCAUUGCGAAGAUUUAUCAUUCACUACCUACCUAUAUGGUAGAUGUAUGCAGAUGCGAUUGAUUUAUACGUCCUCGGACUUUUCAAUUGAACAUGCGAUGAUUUACACAUGUUUUCCCGAUAUGUUUUUAUCUCCGUUUCUAUUAAAUUGUUCCACCUAUGAGUAGUAGAAGUUCCUCCACGAUAGCCUCGUUGGUGGAAUAUACAUUGACCUUAAUCGUAUCGCCCCGUCCCGCGCAUGCUAGCCAUCAGCAUGGAUCUAAUUCCUAUUCCCCAAUUAGGCUUUCCAAGUGGCUCUGACUCGCGUGUAUGGGUCCUGAACUAAUGCCGUGAUCGUCAUAUCUAGAAGUUA